AUGACAUUCAGGCAAAAGCAUUUAAUGCUCCUGCUGGGCCUGUGCUUGGCCAGCAGCAGCAGCUGUGAUGCGGCCACCGAGCAGCUAAGCAAUCUGCCAGCCAGCAGCAAUCAGAAUGCGGGCGCACGCACUUUGCUUCGGGUCUAUGAUGAGUGCAAUCGAGCCGAGAGCGGCUUUGUGCCAUGCCUGAAGAAGAAGGCCAUUUCAUUUAUUGAUCGCAUUGCGCCCAUCGAUGCCAUUAAUGUGGCCGAUGGCAUUAAGCUGGUGCGUCUAGAGACAGCGCCACGGCCACCCGCCUACAGCGACAACGAACUGGAGUCCUCGCUGGCGCGUUCCGGCAGCGAACGGGACGUGAAGCUGACGAACAUGUUGCUCGAACGCUUGAGCUACUUCUUCAACGGGCACUCGCUGCAGGUCAGCUUCCCCAAAUUGACUUCCGAUGAGAUUGGACGCGGACUCGAGGAAGGCCGCGGCAAGAUGAAGAAAAUGGGCAUGAUGAUGGCCAUGAUGAUGGCCACUAAACUGAUGGGCAUGCUGCCGAUUGCUAUGGGCGCCCUUUAUAUACUGGCGGGCAAGGCUUUGAUUAUAUCGAAGAUUGCCUUGCUCCUGGCUGGCAUCAUUGGGCUGAAGAAGUUGAUGGCAGGCAAAUCGUCGGGCGGCAGUUCCGGCUGGUCCUCGGGUGGUGGUGGCGGCGGCGGCGGUGGCGGCUGGUCCUCGGGCGGCGGUGGCGGUGGCGGCGGCGGCGGCUGGGACAGACGUUCCUUGACCGAGGCGCAGGAGAUGGCAUAUCGUGCGCACAGCAGGCAGCAGGCGACCCAACAGCAGACGGCAAAUCAGCAGCACCAGCAGCAGCAACCCCAGGGAGCGUCUCUGCAGCCAGCGCUGGUCAAGUCAUAGGCGACACACACACAGACAGACAUAGAAAGAAACAC